CCAGACACGCCCCCUCUUCUCGGCAGCUCCCCGCUGUGCCCGGCUCUGUCCCAGAGGGACAGCCAUCGGCCGUGGCCGCCCGCCAGGGGCCGCGAGGGAGGGGGAAAGGCCACCGCCGAGGCGGCGUGCGCUCUCUGUAGAUACGGCCGCCGCCCGGCCCCCUCCUGUAGACUCUGGCCGCAGGGACCGGCGAGCCGCUCCAUAAAGAGCCGGGCGCAGGACAGGGCGGCGGGAUCCAAGGCGGUGCGGGCUCCGCGGGGUCGGGGUCGGGGCGCGGGGCGUGCGCGCUGCGCUGCGGGGACCAUGGGCCGCUACUCGGGCAAGACGUGCCGCCUGCUGUGCAUGCUGGUGCUCACCGUGAUCUUCUUCGUGGCCGAGCUGGUGUCCGGCUACCUGGGCAACUCGAUCGCGCUCAUCUCCGACUCGUUCAACAUGCUGUCGGACCUGAUCUCGCUGUGCGUGGGGCUGGGCACGGGCUCCCUGGCGCGCCGCGCGCGGCGGGGCCCCCGCGCCACCUACGGCUACGCGCGCGCCGAGGCGGUGGGCGCGCUCAGCAAUGCCGUCUUCCUCACCGCUCUCUGCUUCACCAUCUUCGUGGAGGCGGUGCUGCGCCUGGGGCGGCCCGAGCGCAUCGACGACCCGGCGCUGGUGCUCAUCGUGGGCGCCCUGGGGCUGGCGGUCAACGUGGUGGGGCUGCUGGUCUUCCAGGACUGCGGCGCCUGGUCCUCCUGCUGCCGCCGCCGCCGCCGUCUCCCGCCGCCCCCCGGGUCCCCGGGAGCCUUGGGGGGCCCGCAGGGAGCCGCCCGCGCAGCCCCCAGCCCGGACUCGGCCGUGACCCUGCGCGUGGGAAAGACCGCGGAGAAGGGGGCGACUGUGUUCGCCAACGUAGCAGGUGACUCCCUGAACGUCCAGCAUGAGCCGGAGGAGACGAUGAGGAAGGAGAAGAAGUCGGAAGCCCUGAAUAUCAGAGGUGUGCUUUUGCACGUGAUGGGCGACGCCCUGGGCUCGGUGGUGGUGGUGAUCACGGCCACCAUCUUCUAUGUGCUACCCCUGGGCCAGGAUGACGACUGCAACUGGCAAUGCUACAUUGACCCCAGCCUGACCGUCGUCAUGGUGAUCAUCAUUUUGUCGUCUGCCUUCCCGCUCAUCAAGGAGACCGCCAUCAUUCUGUUGCAGAUGGUCCCCAAAGGGGUCAACGUGGAGGAGCUGAUGAGUAAGCUCGCGGCCGUGCCGGACAUCAGCAGCGUUCAUGAACUGCAUAUCUGGGAACUUAUAAGUGGGAAGAUCAUUGCCACCCUGCACAUCAAGUACCAGAAGGACAGGGGGUAUCAGGACGCCAGUCUGAAAAUUCGAGAAAUCUUCCACAAGGCGGGAAUCCACAGCGUGACCAUCCAGUUUGAGGCCGUGGACUCGCCGGAGUCCCUGGAGCAGAAGGACACGCUGUCCCUCUGCAGCUCUCCCUGCAUCUCCAAGAGCUGUGCCAAGCACCUGUGCUGUCCCCCCCGGGCACUGCCCCUGGCCCACGUCAAUGGCUGUGCCGAGCACAACGGCUCUCCCCGCCUAGACAUGUACCAAAGCCAAGGCCGCGGUAGACCAGAACUCUCGGAGGUGGCGAUUGAAGUGUCUCUGGAUGGCCAUGGGAGUGACCGUGGACAAGCUUUCACCAAAACUCAGGGGGACCAGUGUUAUGUCAACAGCACACAUUUUUAACCCUGUCCCCGCAUAAGCAGACUGGAUAGACGAGGCACUUUGGACCUACAGCCUGGCUUGUGGGAGUCCGUGUAGGCACUGACCAAACCCACGGUGUACACUCUGGUCAGUGAGGGGUUGGCAGUGUGGGGUGUUCAUUGGCCGUGUCUCUGAAUUUUUACGGGACUGACAAGGUAACCCAUUACGUGGUCCUGGAGGUCUCAUGCUGCUCUUCAAGAGUUUUCGUUUGCUCAUUGAUUUUCCUGAAGCAAACUGCACUGGUGUGUGCAUGUCAGGGGCACUGAAGGCGGGGACUCAGUGAUUGUGGACACGGGACUCAAAGUAGCUUUUGUUUGACACCCAUUAGAGCUUCCAGCUGACCCUCAGGUGAGCUCAUUGCCAAGUAUAUCGCACAAACUUAGGAGCCAUAAUGGCUGUUUGUUUGUUUGUUUUUUUCCAUUCCACUGGAAGAUUAUAAAAGAGGAAGAAUAGUCUUGCCACUGCUGCAAUUUUUUUCUCUGGCUUAUUUUUGAAUGAAUGUAAAAUGGAGACCCAUUAAGGAAGAGACCACUUUCAGAACAGGAGAAAAAGUGGAGUUUAGGGGGUGGUGGGGAGCGGGGAGAGAGCAGGAGGAAAAUGCUAUUGGGCCAUUUCGUUUUGUGAGGUGGAAAGAAAAUGAAUGUUUACUUUCUGCUGUGAACUGGGCGUUUCAAAUGUUUAAAUAUAUAAACUAUUUUUCUUUUUUUCACGUGGAAAUGUAGGAAUAUUUCUACUUAAGUAUGACACAAGUACUUUCAUACUGUCUUUGAGAAUCAGUCCAUGGGGACUGUUUUCAUUUAUUUGCUUAAUAAUGACUUCCUUAUUUGUCCAAAUUUCCUUUGAGUCUUUUUUUUUUUUUUUAAUAUACGAUCACAUUAAUCUAUGAGGCAUUUACCAGGAGAAAAAUGAGCAUUUCUGGGUAGAAGAAUAAAUAAUAUUCUGUACUCAUUCCUGCACCCGAAGUAAGCUAGGUUGAUUUUUUUAAAUUAGACAUAUUUAAAAAUAUUUAUGACAAUUGCCAACUAGUAACUUAAUGGAAAAGUAUAUGGAAAUGAGAAGGAAUUCCAUUGCUGGCUUUACCAAAUGUGUUUGGAGGAGCUUAAACUUUCAUGUGUCUGACCCGUGUUACCAAGUUCAGAUACAUUUAUUAGACUCUGAUUCGGAUCCAUAACCAAUAUGCCUGUCUUAGUAUUGGAGAAGCAUCUGCCGUGCAUUUAACACACAGUCCAGGCAGAAAUACUUUCAUCAGAACUGUCUCAAAAUAGGUGUGAGAAAAUGGGCGGUACCUCACCAGAGAACUAGAAUCUUCUUUGAUGGGUUGCAAAGUUGACUGAAAAUGAUCCCCUCUUAGGCCCUAAGCAUUGAGUCCUGCACAGUAGUUCACAGAAAAAGCACUCACAUUUCCCAGCACAAACAUCACUAAA